ACUCCCAACCUCCAGCAAAAGGACUCAGUGUCCACCUCUCGACCGCCUCUUAUCCGACGCCUCGACCAAUCCUCGACUCGGCCAUGGAUGGCCACUUUCGACUGGGCGUUACCGGCGACCCGCAACGAUUGGCUGCAAUGCAACGGACUCAGUUUCUAUUGCCCCAUGACCAGCCGCAUGCGGAACUGGGGCGACCUGCGGGAGAAUUUGCAGCAACACAUCCGACUGCUGACCGACGAGGCAUGGCCUCAAGAGGUCCGCGAGGCGCGCCAGAGCUUGUUGCGCCCCUCGCUGGCGGCGGGCUGGUCCCUGACCGAACAUGCGGCCCUCACCAGGACGUCCUAUUUCUCGGGUGAAGGGUCAACAGCCUGCCACAGCCUGCAAUGUGCACAAUGCCCCAUUGGAGAGGUGGCUCUGAGAACAGCCGUGUUGUUGACCUCUUCAAAGGAGAUCCUCGAAGCCUUGAAGACGCCCGACAUGCCCAAGGCCACGCGGAACUUGGUGCUCUAUAGCCUUUGGGAUACGGUGGGGAAGGUGGAUUCGAUGCUCUUCUUGGAGGAUGAGAUCACUUGGUACGAUUUGCUCGAGAGUGGUUGGCCCAUCUUUGGGAUCUUGGCCUCCUUGGGGACGCUGCUGACGGGCAGCAAGUUUGACGUCCGCGACGACUUCAGCGAGCUCAGGAGAGAUCUGGCUCAACUCCUGCGGCCUCAGAGCUCGGCUGAGGAGGUGCAGAGCUACUUGGGCCCCGACCAGUCCUCUUAUCAGCGCUGGUUGGUUUAUGCCCAACAGCGCCGCAGCCAGUGUUUCCCGCCCACGGUCUUGGGGACGCUGCUGGUGGCAGAUGGGGCCAGGAGUAUGGCAAUGCCUCUUCCCAUGGAGGACUUCCUGCGCAUCGUGCAGAGCGACAUGCGCGGCUGUCGGGGUCCGAUGGACAACCUGGUGGAGUUGCUCCAAUGGCCUUGGCCGCUUUUUGAGGCAGUCGAUUGGCUCCAGACUCCAGCGAUGGUGCAUGUCCGUAUCCAGCCCUCCCAGCUUCAGCAACGCUUCAGAUGGCAACCUGAGAUGUCAACCCUCAAGUUUUGCUUGCAGCUUUGCCAUGUAGAAGAACCACCAGGCAAGUUGGUGGUCCCCAGAUACCGACGUCCCGGGACAUAUGGCUUUGUGGGAGACAACAUCCGAUCCACUGGGCGGCCGCAUUGUAGCUUAGUCUUCCAGAAUGCCUUCGAUACAUUGGUGGAGUUCCUACCGCAGAAGACCGCCAUACAGGUGGUCGACGUUGGAAGCAUGUUGGGUGACUGCUGUCUUUGGACCUUGAAACGUUUGGGCGACAUGUCUGGCGCGUGGAGAUCACCUCGAUGCCGGGCAUAUGAGUCCGAUGAGCUCUGGGCGCGCUUGGCGCUCACCUCCGCAGAGCUCAAUGCGCUUUCCCAUGCGAUGACGGUGCAUCACGUGAUGGUCUCGGCGCGCGGCCAAAGCUCGUUAGAUGCGUUACUGAGCGAUCUGGGAGAUGAUCCAUGGGUUUUAAAGAUCCACACCGACGGCAGUGAGCUCGACCUCCUCCAAGGUGCUCCGCGGCUCUUAUCCGCGGGCCGCCUGCAGUUCGCAUUACUGCGGAUGGAGUCACAGUUACAGCUGCAAGAUGGCCGCUACCGGCCACCGCCCAGCGCCUGGCGAGCCUGGAUGAGGAGCAGUGGGCUUCACCACCACUACGAGCUCCGCUUCUGCCACCACGAGGCGCUCCUCGUGGCCAAGCGCCAGUGGGCGACCCGGGCCCUGCUCAGCCGGAACCUGAACUUCACGCGCUGAACGAAAAAGAGCUUUGCGAUGUGGAAAUGACUGGGCAACACGAUGACUUGUUCAGGACUUGUUGAGGGUGUUUUUCAGUAGUUGA